CACCGCGCGCGGCCCUGCCACCCUCGCCUCGGCGCGCCUCGCUCGAGCCGCGCGAUGUAUAAAAGCGCGCGCGCUCCCCGGGGAGCGCCUUCCAUUGCCCAGUGGCUCGCCGAGUCGACGACGCCACGCGACCAAGCCAGCAGCCAGCAGCCAGCCAGCUCUGUCCGGCCGCGAUGAGCGCCCACCCGGUCUUCGACUACGACUCGAGCGCGGGCCAGAGGAUGCAACGCCACCGUCUGGCCGCCGCCAAGCCGGCUGACUCCUCCGGCGUCAGCGCCUGCUCCAGCGGGCAGUACUACCUCGGGCCGAGCAGCGAUAUAAGCGAGGAAGACAUCACAGAUCUGCCGUCGUGUGCGUACGCGGGUCGAGGUUCGCAGCAGCCGGUGCAGCAAUCGGUGCCGCAAUCGGUGCCGCAAUCGGUGCAGCAAUCGGUGCAGCAAUCGGUGCAGCAGCAGCAGCAGCAGCAGCAACCUCUGCAGUACCACAUGGGCGUGACUCCGCCUGCCGAGCAGCUGGAAGGCGAGAGCGGCCAGCUGGAGGAGGGCUACUACCCGAACGGCAGCCCUUACAGGAUCCAGAGGCACGCGGCCAACAUCCGGGAGCGCAGGCGGAUGCUAAGCAUCAACUCGGCUUUCGACGAGCUGCGGGUGCACGUGCCGACGUUCCCCUAUGAGAAGCGCCUCUCCAAGAUCGACACGCUGCGGCUGGCCAUCGCCUACAUCGCCCUAUUACGCGAGGUGUUGGCAGCCGAGCUUGACCCGCUGACUUACGUGGAGCGCUGCCUGCGCGGCGAGAUCAACGGCGAACGCGCCGAGUGGAACACCAGUGAUCUCACCGCACGGCUGUCUUGGAUCAACUGGCAGAACCUGGGCGUCAACCCCAACCGGCGCUCGGUCCUCACCUCGCUCGCCCUCACCGCCGACAACAUCAACUAACUGUCUCCCCCCCUCGUCUGUACAUACGCGUCGC